UCGUCGGUGUUUCAUCAGCCCGUGGUCUCUACUCUCGUCUCCGUCACCAUCCUUUUCGAUCUCACUGAAGACACAACGGCUGCGAAUCGUUCUUCCUCUUCGUCGGGUCAAAUCGAUUUUCGAAGUGUUCUUCCAUCAAUUUCGCCUCUCAAUCUCACAAUUCUUCACAGAAGCUAUGUCUGAGGAGCUACCGAAGAGGCUUUUUAAGGAGGGCGAGGAGCCCCGAGUUACUCAGAUCAACAACAACUGCAGGAUCGACUACAUAAUCCGAAAGUUCCAAGCGUGGCUGCCAAAGGAGUUGGAUGUCGUGAAGAAAGACCCGGUUUUUCAUCAGAUUUUUAAGCUCCAUGAGAAUGGUCUUGGAUACUCUGCGAGGGUGAUACACAGCUUCUUGUGUAGGGAGCUGGUGACUUUCUUACAGCACGAGCUAUGGUUUGUCUUUGCGAGGAGACCGCUUCGAUUCUCAUUGCAAGAGUUCCACGCCGUAACCGGGUUUGAAUGCGAUACUCACAUUUCGAUUGAGGAGUUUGAAGAGUGGAAAUAUGAUGGUGGUUUCUGGAGCAAGGUUUUGAGGAGAAAAGAUGGAACAAUUACACUCUUCAACCUGUGGACUAAGGACAAGGAAGCUGUAAAGAAAUGGAAGAAUGCAGAUCGCAUACGUCUUAUCUACUUGGCGAUCAUUCUUUGUGUGGUAUUGGCGAGAGAUGAGAAGGCUAAUAUCCCCCUGAAGUACAUCGCGGUGGUCAUGGAUCUUGACAGAGUUCGAAGGUAUCCUUGGGGAGUUGCUGCUUAUGACCUUCUCUGCAAAUCCAUAGCCAAAAAUCGUUCCCAACUGAAGGAAAAGACCACUAGCUAUGUCUUGGAUGGCUUCUCAUACGCCUUGCAGAUUUGGGCAAUGGAAGCGGUGCCAAAAAUCGGGAAGCUUUGUGGAAAAAAGCUGGAUAAGGGUUUCAAGGACGGUCCUAGAUGCAUAAACUGGAUGGGAGCUGCGAAGGUGUCAUAUGAGGAGAUCAUUCGCUUGGAGGAGAUUAUUACACCCAAGGAUGACAUCUACCCAUACAUCUCAUGGACAGGAAAUUAUGAUGUUGUCAAAGCUCAGGCGUUUCGCAGAGAUGAUGAUGUGGAGGAUGACAGAAUCAAGGUUCUGAUGGAGAUGAUAAAGAAGGGGCAUGAUUUUAGUGAGCAUGUUUGGGAAACUGAAGAAAAUGAAGUGAUUUCUUUAUCUCUCGAUGACGAAUCAGCUGUGAAUGAUGAAGCAAGCGUGAAUGUUGAAGCAGCCGAGAGUGAUGACGACUUUCAGACUCCGAAAGGAUCAAAAAACGUUGGUUCUAGAUCAAAGAGGGGUAAAAAGAGGCUUCCCGAUCGUGGUAUGGAGAAGAGAAAGCAUAAGGUUCUCGCAAGUGGCGCAAAGCAAGCUCCUUUUAAUGAAGACAUGAAGGCUUUUAUGACACAGUUGUUUGAGCACAACUUCUCUGGAAUGGAACAAAGGAUACAGAAACAGAUGGCCGAGACAUUUGAGCAGAUGCGGACAGAGCUUAAACAAUCACGUAAGGAAGCCAGCGUUGAAGUUGAGCUUGGAGAGCCUUCACCGACAAAGCCAUCGACGAGCCAGGCACCGUUGAGGAGGUCCACACGCGGGGAUGGUUCCGAGACUACAUUCGAUGUGAAUUAUAGUGAAGCAGAUGAUUUGGGUCGCGGGAUAGGUACACAAGGGGUUGAAGGGCUUUCUCAGACGUCGUAUGUGCCAGGCUUUGAUCCAUCUCAGGACAAAAAAGAAGAAGACUGGUGGACUCCAAUGACUUCGGUCCGAGGUUCAGUGGAUAAUCCAGUAAAGAAAGAAAAGACAGAGAUGAAUACAGCUCCACCGCCGUCACAGUGGGAGAAAUGGUGCAAAAGAAAAGGUCAUGGACUUCAGCUUAGCGAUUCACCAUUGCCAGAAGAUGCUUCUCCGCAGGCGUCACUUUAUUAUAUCUCCGAAGAGUCAUGGAAAGGAUUCACGGAAUGGGCAUUAAAGCCUAUACCUUUAACAAUUGGUCCUACAUGCUUUAAUUUGUCUGUAGCUACAAGAGUAGUAAGUGCUGGAAAAUGGCUUGGAAACGAGGUAAUGAAUCUUGUACUAACCUUUAGUGAAUUUAUCUUCCUAACACUUCUUAUAUGCUAUAUUACUUAACUUUCAUUGUAAAUUUUUAGGAGAUGGAUGCGGUUAUGUUUAUAUGGCGUGUGAACACUACAUUGAAUCGUUGGGCCCCUCGGCGUGUUGCUUUCAUGAGUGCUAUGUUUUGCCUCCAAGUAGACGCUGCAUACAAGAAGUUUUUACCAAACAAAAAAGCCUAUCAAUUGCCUGAUUUCCUUCUUGGGUACGGCAGAGGAGAGCUUCCAUCUCAUGGGCGGACUGAUCUAGUUUGGGGUGUUGAUGUUGAUCGACUCUACUUUCCUCUGUUUGUAAAUGGUAACCAUUCAGUUCUUUUUACAUCCUAGUAUACAUUUCUUCGUUUACAAAUUUUUGUGGACACGAACGCAGGUAAUCACUGGGUUGGUGUCUGUGUAAACAUCAUUGAAAGAAAAGUAGAAGUCUUUGAUUGCGGUCGGGGAAAGAACAGACAGUACGUUGAGAAGUUUGCUGCUAUCAUUCCUAGGAUUGUGAAGUCCGUUGCACCACAAGAAAGACAGAAGCAGCUACUCCUCUCAUCAUAUUCUAUCGUGGAUGUGCCUAUGAAGUUGAGAUUGAACAAAAGUUG